AUGAAGCUCCUGACAGCGGUCUUCCUCUUACUCGUCCUUGUCAUCUGCUUUGCCAGCGUAGAAGGAUCAAAAUGCAAGUGCUUAAGAAAGGGCCCCAAGAUUAGAUUCUCUGAUAUUCAAAAACUUGAAGAGAGACCAAAGUAUCCGUACUGCAAGGAAAGAAUGAUAAUAGUCACAAUGAAAUCCCGAUUCCGAGGAGGCCAUCAAUACUGCUUGCAUCCUAAGCUCCCAAGUACAAAAAGGUUGCUCAAGUGGUAUACAAUAUGGAAAGAGAAAGAAAGCAGCAGUCGUGGUUGUUCUGGUGGCGGCGGGAUUUCCUUGGUGUCUUCGGUGGCGGCCACCCCUGCUGAGGCCCUGCCCCUGAUGAAGAAGCCAAAGAUGGAGCAGAUCCUGGCCGACCACGGGCUCUUCUUCCAGGCCUUCAAGAGCAAGUGUGGGGUAGUUGGGCGGGAAGGGAGGAAGGGCCGAAAGUAG